CACAAUAAUAAUAAAUUGCACAAAAAUACUCAAUUAAGCAACAAAAAACUCAUUUAAUGAAAUAAAACAAACUAGUUUUACGCCAAGUGUGAAAUAAUAUUGAUCCGCGACACGAAACUGACUCAAAUUGAAAUUUCACGUUGGACGUGUCUGAGGUCACGCAAUUACGAAAUACCGGGACUCGGGCCAAAACUAUUUCUAAAAUCAGGUUCAAACAGACAGUUCUAGAAACUGUCUUUCUGCGAAAAUUGGGUCAAUUCCAGUCCAAAUUUGAGUUUUCGGUGUGUGAAGUUACGUCAUUGACGUAGUCAAAUGUCAUUGUUUUAACCUCAAUUCACUCGAUAAUGCGUCUGUGUCACUAUUUCCUCGUGGGUUUCCUGUUAUUCCGUGCGAGUUUCGCGUCCAAGUACGAGGACGUGUACGAUAAUGAGUUUGCAGAGUUUGAGGAUUUUGAGGCCGAGGAGGAGGUAACUGGGGGCGAGAGUGUGCCCGAGGGUGAGUUCAAGGAGUCUAGUCACGAGAGUAUCACCGAUGACGAUCAAGACAUAAUAAUUGACGACGAUGAUUCGGAAUUUGAACAUUUCCAAGACUUGGAGGAGUUUGAGGGGUUUGAAAACAAGGACGAAAAACCGGUGACGGAACCAAAAAUCACCAUAACUAAAGUCCCUAUUCACUUCCGGGCAAAUUGGGACAGUUACUGGCUUGAGAUUUUAAUGGUGGCAGGCCUGGUGGUCUAUUUCAUAAAUUUCGUCACAGGGAAAAGCAAAAACACGAAAAUUGCCAACGUUUGGCUACAAACCCAUCGCCAACUCCUCGAAGACAACUUUUCGCUAGUCGGCGACGAUGGGGCUUUGGAAAAGACCGAAAACGUGGGCUUCGUCAAAGAGAGCGAAAACAUUUUCACUCUGUGGUGUAGUGGCAGGACUUGUUGUGAGGGAAUGUUGGUAGAACUGAAACUGAUCAAGCGCCAAGACUUGGUGGCGAUCAUUUCGGGGAUGAUGCGCCCCACACUGGACCAACUCCAUAUUAAAGUCACAAUGAAUCGGGACGAUAUGGACAGUUUUGUGUUUUGCGUAGCAUCGAAAAAAACCGCUUUGCAUUUGUCGAAAGAAAUGGCCGACUUGAGUGUGUAUUGUCCCGAGCGUCGCCCCGGGGAAAAACACAAUAUCCCGGCCUGCUUUAACGUAAUGAGUGAAAUUGCCGAAGCGACUUCGGCCAUGUUGGAUGCGAAAGUUGUUGCCGUGUUGAAUAAAUACACCGAAUUUGUUGAUUAUAUACACUUUUCGGACCAGUAUUCUGGACCGAAACAACAGGAGGAUACGGGGGUGUUGAAAUUGCCUGAUAACCAAAAAGUGUUGAUGUUUGGGUUUAAUAUGCCCUUGAAAGGUGUGGCUUUGGAGGAGGCGAUGAAUCAACUUAAGCCGCUCCUUGUCAUGGUGUUUUACUGUAUGGAAAAAGUCAAAAAGUAUAGACUGUCGAGGGAAGGUAAGACAAAAGCCGACAAGAACCGGCAACGUGUCGAAGAGGCGUUUUUGAAAUCCACGCACCAGGCGCGAGCCGAGGCAGCGGCGGCUCGUCGGGAGGAGAGACGCCGUUUGGAGAAGGAGAAAGUCAUGGCUGAGGAUGACCCCGAACGUCAACGACGUUGGGAAGAAAAAGAACAAAAAAGACAAGCCAAAAAACGUGCUCCCAAAAUGAAACAAUUAAAAGUGAAAGCGUUGUAAUUCGUUGCCAAAGUAUUGUAGUUUUUUCAGGGUUGGAGUAAAUAAACUUGUCAACUUUU